GGACCCACUUAUCACGACGCCGGCGACGCCAGGUCGACAACUCAAACCCGCACCGUUCAUGUUCACAGCGCGCGACAAAGUAUAUUGGAUUGACUGGGACGCCACAGAUUUUCUUUCGUCAGCUGAUCAGUGUCACUUUCUUAUGUUGAGGCUAUGUACUGCACUUGAUCCAAGGUUUGGCGGUCCGAGGCUGGACCUCGCGUAAUCCAUACUAUCCCUCUUGUCGCGCCCGGGUCAAUUCUUUACAUUUUUGGAUAUCCCUCCCACCGCAUAAUAUUCGCCAUGGCCAUCAUGCUCAACAAUGACAUGCCCAUGUCUCUCGACAACACGGGCGGCGACAUGGCCGACCUGUUUGGCGAUGCGACUGGCCUUCCGCUCCCGCCGGCCAGCAAGCAGCUCGAGUCGAGACUCGACUGGUUGCGCUGUCGUGGCUGCUGCAAGACGAUCGCAUGGUCCAAGAUAGGCACAAUCGCCUCCAUCACACCCAAUGGCCAGGAAAUCGAGAUUCGCUAUCUGCACACUCGUCCGGACAAUGGCGAGUGGGACCUGAGCGACCCCAUUGUCAGCCCUCUAUUGCGUGGCAGCCCGGAGAACCCGUUGGUGCAUCUCGAAUGGGCAGAGACGAACAAUCCGGAAUUGGCCGUGUUUGACAAUACCGGCAGGGUCGCCAUCAUCGUGUUCGCGCACACUGUCAACCAGUCUUGGCUUACUCGGUCCUGGAACGACGAUGCGGUGGAUGCGGCCCAGGCCAUCGCCGGCUCGUACUGGCUCCCCGUCAACCCGUCCACGGGCGGCAGCGCGGGCGACAAGGCACGGCAGAGCUUCAACGUGUCCUACGGGCCGGCGACCAAAGCCGGCGGCGGCAAGGACUGGUCGUACGAGAGCUCUUUCAUCCAUGCGGAUAGCGUCAGCCAUCCCCAGGGCGGUCGCAGCGCCCUCUUGACUGUCACCAUGAGCGGCAUGGUCAAGAUGUUCUGGAUGCAGGGGAGCAACCAGCCCGAGGAAACGAGGCUGGAGCUGGAAAGUUUUGGAAACUCGGACGAACUCAUCACACACGCGGCGUUCACUGCGGAGAAAAAAUAUGUUGAGCUCGCCUACAUCACCACCUCGCGCCAGCUCAAGCUCGUCAAGAUCGACGUCCAAUGGGGCGCACAGCAAGUCCAGUCGGGAGGGCAUCAGGGCACGCGCCAUACCCUCAAACUCAGCGCGAAGAAUUGGGCAAUGACACAACUGCCCUCAGAAACUGUGGAGGAUAUUUCCACGCCGCACAUGACGCAGAUGCUGCUCAUGCCCUCCAUCCUCGACGACAGUGGGAAGAACAUGGUGCCUCCUCUGAUCAUCUCCAUCCGGGCCCGGUCGUCGGGGCACGGUUCGUUCGCGCCAACAAACCAGAGCGUCAUCAAUCGAUGGGAAGCCGUCGAGAAGCCACAUGCGCUCUGCUCGGCCCUAGAAAAGAUGCGGUUACAACGCAACGGCGCCGCGUCCGAGGUGGCCUCAAGUAUGCAGCUGCAGCCACUCGAGCAGAUCGUCUUGGACAAGUGCGUUGUUGGCGUCCAGUCUGCACAGUUUGGCAAGGUCAUUAUUCUGGCGUUUUCGGAUGGCAGCUCGCAAUACCGCGAUAGGUUUACCUUCGCCGAGCUGUAUGCUGAGCGCAGCCUCGAAACAGUGCACCACCUGCGGCAGGUUGGGUGGACGUUUCCCGACGACUGUCAGUGCCAGCAGAUCGCCUUCUCCCCAUCGCACUGUUCCAUGAUUCAGUUGGGCGACAAUGGCAAAGUGCACUGGAGUAAGCUCACUUGUGGCCAGGACGACCUGGGGAGCUCCAUGAAAGACGGCCAAACCUAUGCGGCCACAAUUGCUGGUCUCACAAUCGCAGCAGCCACGUGUGUCAAAUACUCAACAAGCUUUGACGAUGUCAUUGCCGUCGCUCGGCCUUAUCACGCCAACCGCCCAAGGAUGGUCGCCGACUGGUUCCAAGAGCUCACCCGCAUACUGUCCGUACAGACAGACUACGUGCCCGACCAGCAGCCCGAUGCACUGCUGAAGAACGCGCAGCUGGCACCCAUCCUGAGUAUAGGAGUGUCUCUCGGCUACCAUGGGGACCUGCGACCACGCAGUUUCCAGAGCAAGUUCGCGCUGCUUUGCUGCACUAUCCGCAACGUGGCCUUCAACAUCACGAUUGCAACUAAUGCUCCCUUCCCGGUGGCCAGCCGCAAAAGCCUACUAGACGACCACGAAAUCGUUGACUUUCUCGCAAGUACAAUCAAGUGGUCGUUGGAUCUACUCUCGUGGAUCUCGUCGUCUCUCUUUGAGCUCCUGCACGACGCAGAGUUCAUGGCUCGACUCACACCCGAGAGGGCGGCGGAGAUGGGUCCCUAUCUCGAGAAGCAGGGCGAGGUGGCCCUCCAGCUGCUCAUGUGCUCGACAAGCCGGGCCUUCCUCGCCAGCCUCUGCCGCAAAAUAGCGUACAUGGGCCAGACGACAAACAAGGCCAUGGAAUAUUAUCAACUGCACCCCCAUGUGCAAAGUAGCCAAAGCGGACAAGGAGGUCAAGCGGGCAAGGACACCCCCGGCAUGCGCGCGGCCUUUGUGAAGCUACGCAAGGUCUUUGCGCAGAGCCCCAUCAAAGUGGGAGACUUUGAGAAGCUCAACCAGCUCAUCUCGCAGGGCAUCGCGCAAGCGUACGAUGCAUUCCUGCCCAAGAUGGCCAAGAGCCAGAGCCAAGCGCUCAAGGGCAAAGAGGAGGACGAGGCGAUCAAGGCCCUGCGCGCCAUGUUCGAGACGCAGAUGCUCACGGCCACGGUGCCGGUGCCCGGGUUCCUGCCCCUGCUCCGCAAGCUCUUCCACGUGGACCUGCCAGCGUACCGCAAGACGACGGACAUGGCCCGGCUGUUCUUUGACGAGUACUCGAUGCUCACGGUGCAAGGGGACGAGAGCGCCAUCAAGGGGGUGCGGCUGUCGCACAUUGACGCAUUCAGCAAGCAGGUGACGCGGAUGGACGCGAAGAAGCAGUGGAGGCGCUGCGUGCGGUGCACGUCGAUCAUGGAGGACCACGGGAACACGCGCUCGCCGGGCCUGACGUUUAUGGCGGCGCAGAUGCGGCGUUGUCCGUGCAGUGGAUCGUGGGCGUUGCUGCCGGCGGGCAAGGUUGACGCAUAAUGGAGGCGAGGGGAGUUGGUAUAGCAACAGAACAUGCCUUAUUAAUUCAAGCGACGGUUUUCAACAAGUGCACUGGCAGCUCUCGUCGAUUCUGAUGUAGAGGACUCAGUCUGUGUUGAGGGCCACGCAGAGGGUAUGGCUUGCACCAGACAAUAUCUACAGACUAUGCACAUGAACUUCAGCGUUUUUGAAUCAAGAACAGCAAGUGACGAAAAUAGUUUCAGGCAACUAUACGGAGGACGCUUUCAAAAGUCUUUGAAGCGUCCUCCGUACAGAGUCAUUUAGUCGUCGACAAUUGGAAGCAGGUGACUUGGUUCUCGAUCUAGGUUAGGUAGAAAACCCACUGUAGCACCACGUCCAUGUCGAUGGCGGUGAA